CUGUCACUCAGGUGGCGCUGGCGGAGGCCGGGCUAAGACGUGGCCGAGGGAUAGCUGCUGGACUUCCUGACCGUCUAGGCGGCGGCGGAGUCCCUAGCGCGUCCUCGCCUUGGUCGGGGAUUCUGAACUGCGGGAGAGACGGGCGCCGGCGGCUACACCUCCAUGCCGGCUCGCGGGGCGGGCCGCUGAUGGAGCGCGCCACCGGCCCGGGGUCGCUGGCACGGGCGCUGCUACUGCCACUGCUGCUGGGGCUCGUGGCAGGGACAGUGGCCGCGCGGCGCACCUCUGACCUCCUCGCACAGACAGCGGAGGCGGCGUUCGGCCUGGGAGCCGCGGCGGCUCCCACCUCGGCUACGCGAGUGCCGGCGGCGGGCGCAGUGAUUGCGGCCGAAGUGACGGUGGAGGACUCCGAGGCGCUGCCGGCGGCUGCAGGCGAGCAGGAGCCGCCGGAGCCGGAGCCGGAGCCGGAAGAGGAGCCCGAUAUUCGGCCAUGCGGCAGAGCAUUAGUGAUCAUCAGCACUUUAGAUGGCCGAAUCGCUGCCUUGGAUCCUGAGAAUCAUGGGAAAAAGCAGUGGGAUUUGGACGUGGGGUCUGGUUCCUUGGUGUCAUCCAGCCUUAGCAAACCAGAGGUAUUUGGGAACAAGAUGAUCAUUCCUUCCCUGGAUGGAGACCUCUUCCAGUGGGACCGGGAUCGUGAGAGCAUGGAAACAGUUCCGUUUACAGUUGAAUCACUUCUUGAAUCAUCUUAUAAAUUUGGAGAUGAUGUUGUCUUGGUUGGAGGAAAGUCUCUCACUACAUAUGGACUCAGUGCAUAUAGUGGAAAGGUGAGGUACAUCUGUUCAGCUCUGGGUUGUCGCCAGUGGGAUAAUGAUGAAAUGGAACAAGAAGAAGACAUCUUGCUUCUGCAGCGCACCCAGAAAACUGUGAGAGCUGUUGGACCUCGCAGCGGCAAUGAGAAGUGGAAUUUCAGUGUUGGCCACUUUGAACUUCGGUAUAUUCCAGACAUGGAAACUAGAGCCGGAUUUAUUGAAAGCACUUUAAAGCCCAGUGGAAACAAAGAACAGUCUAAAAUCAUUUCAGACGUGGAAGAGCAGGAAGCUGUCAUGAUGGAUACAGUGAUAAAGGUCUCCGUUGCGGAUUGGAAAGUUAUGGCGUUUAAUAAGAAGGGAGGACACCUGGAGUGGGAAUACCAGUUUUGUACUCCCAUUGCAUCUGCCUGGUUGGUUAAGGAUGGCAAAGUCAUUCCCAUCAGUCUUUUUGAUGAUACAAGUUACGCCCCCAAUGAUGGAGUUUUAGAAGAUGAAGAAGAUAUUGUAGAAGCUGCCCGGGGAGCCACAGAAAACAGUGUUUACUUGGGAAUGUACAGAGGCCAGCUGUAUCUGCAGUCAUCAGUCAGAAUUUCAGAAAAGUUUCCUACGAGUCCCAAGGCCUUGGAAUCUGUCAAUAGUGAAAAUGCUAUUAUUCCUUUGCCAACCAUCAAAUGGAAACCUCUAAUUCAUUCUCCUUCUAGAACUCCUGUCUUGGUGGGGUCUGAUGAAUUUGACAAAUGUCUCAGUAAUGAUAAGUUUUCUCACGAAGAGUACAGUAAUGGUGCACUUUCAAUCUUGCAGUAUCCUUAUGAUAAUGGUUAUUAUCUGCCAUACUAUAAGAGGGAGAGAAACAAACGGAGCACGCAGAUCACAGUCAGAUUUCUUGACAACCCGAAUUACAAGAACAUCCGCAAAAAGGACCCCGUUCUUCUCUUACACUGGUGGAAAGAAAUAGUUGGAACCAUCGUGUUUUGUAUCGUAGCAACAACUUUCAUUGUACGCAGACUCUUCCAUCCUCAUCCUCACAGACAAAGGAAGGAAUCUGAAACUCAGUGUCAAACUGAAAAUAAAUAUGAUGCUGUCAGUGGAGAAGCUAAUGACAGUAGCUGGAAUGACAUAAAAAAUUCUGGAUACGUGUCACGUUAUCUAACAGACUUUGAACCAAUUCAGUGCAUGGGCCGUGGGGGAUUUGGAGUUGUCUUUGAAGCUAGAAACAAGGUUGAUGACUGCAAUUAUGCUAUCAAGAGAAUCCGUCUCCCCAACAGGGAACUGGCUCGGGAGAAGGUAAUGCGAGAAGUGAAAGCCUUAGCCAAGCUUGAACACCCAGGAAUUGUGAGAUAUUUCAAUGCUUGGUUGGAAGCGCCACCAGAAAAGUGGCAAGAAAAAAUGGAUGAAAUUUGGCUGAAAGAUGACAGCACAGACUGGCCACUCAGCUCUCCUAGUCCCGUGGAUGCGCCUUCUGUUAAAAUACGCAGAAUGGAUCCUUUCUCUACAAAGGAACGUAUUGAAAUCAUAGCUCCUUCGCCACACAGCAGCAGGUCUUUUUCAGUUGGGAUUUCUUGCGGCCAGACCAGUUCAUCUGAGAGUCAGUUCUCUCCCCUGGAGUUUUCCGGGAUGGACCACGGAAAUGUGAGCAAGUCAGCAGAUGUGGUAUGCCAACUCCAGGACAGCUGCCUUACAGACUGCGAGGGGGAGGAUGGUACCAUGGAUGGUAAUGAUGAAGGGCACUCCUUUGAACUUUGUCCUUCGGAAGCUUCUCCUUAUGUAAGGUCCAGGGAGCGAACCUCCUCAUCUAUAGUAUUUGAAGAUUCUGGCUGUGAUAACACAUCCAGCAAAGAGGAGCCCAGAAUGAACCAGCCGCCUGUGGGCAACCAUUAUGCGGAUAAACUAACUGCGCUCCGGCAUUCCGGUAGCAAAUCUCCUUCAGGACCUACUGUGUCUGUUUCUCCGUCAAGACCGACCACUUUAAGUUUAGACCUCACUAAAAGCUCGGUGGGGAAACUCCAGCCCAGUUCGCCCAAGGUUUAUCUGUACAUCCAGAUGCAGCUGUGCAGAAAGGAAAACCUCAAAGACUGGCUGAACAGCCGCUGCACCAUUGAGGCGAGAGAGAGGAGCGUAUGUUUGCACAUCUUUCUGCAGAUUGCAGAGGCGGUGGAGUUUCUGCACAGCAAAGGGCUCAUGCACAGGGACCUCAAGGUCUGUUAUCUGUGGCUUGUCACCCGAGGGUUUCCGCCUGUUUUAUUUUUCUAUUCAUUUUUUUCGUUUACUUAUUUUUUUAAAAAAUGAUCUUAUUUCUUUAUUUGAG